AUGUCUCAGGGCAUCAGGCUCUCUGGAAGCAGCACACACUUGGAUGCCUGCAGGUCGUUAGGCUUGCCUUGUGAAAGGAACAUUUCUAGCAUUACAGAAAGUUCUUCUUUAGACAGUGUCCAUGACAAGAGCUACAUGAUGAAAUGUAAUUCCAUCACAUUUCCUAGUCUAGUGAGUAAAUUUACAGUUGGGAAGAAUACAAAUGCCAAGUUGCUCAGAGUGCAGGAAAGUGCAGGGCGGCUGCGGGAUGCAGCCGGCCACCAGCACUGUGCCUCUCAGCAGGCCCCAGACCCAGGGCCCUGGGACUACAGGCCUUCCCUGGCCAUCAUUCCUGAUUUCCCUGUCUUGCCUUCAGGAGGCCUGGGAAGCACUGAGCCCUUAGAUUGUACAGAGUCAAAUGAAAUAGUCUUGCCUCCCAAGCGUGAAGCUGGUGAUGGUUCAGCCUGGUUGAAGCUCCUGAUGUCUGGUCCAUUUUCUUUCUCUGAUGCUGACUGGUUUGUCUCUUCUACUUCCCAUUUGAGAGGCUUUCAACAGCUUCAUAGUCUUCCUAAAAGGGUCAAUUUUGGGAUGUGCUCCUUGAGGAUAUGCCUUGAGGUAGCGAUGGAGACAAAGGGCCAGUUUCCAAAGCACAAAAUACUUCCUGUUAUUCUCCAUCCUGAAUACCCCUCAGGGCACACCACUGCAGGGGCUGAUGGCUUGGUCCUUGUAGAACUGGAAAUUGGGGAAUACCAAAUUGAUAUAUUUUUUGCCCAGACCUGGACCGACAGUCGCCUUCGGUUCAACAGCACAAUGAAAAUACUUACUCUGAACAGCAACAUGGUGGGGUUAAUAUGGAUUCCAGAUACGAUAUUCCGCAAUUCCAAAACUGCAGAGGCUCACUGGAUCACCACCCCUAAUCAGCUCCUCAGAAUUUGGAAUGAUGGGAAAAUCCUUUACACUUUAAGGCUCACCAUAAAUGCAGAAUGCCAGCUGCAGCUGCACAACUUCCCCAUGGAUGAGCACUCCUGCCCGCUGAUAUUCUCCAGCUAUGGCUACCCCAAAGAAGAAAUGAUUUAUAGAUGGAGAAAAAAUUCGGUUGAGGCAGCUGAUCAGAAAUCCUGGCGGCUUUAUCAGUUUGACUUCAUGGGCCUCAGAAACACCACAGAAAUUGUGAAAACAUCUGCAGGUGAUUAUGUUGUCAUGACUAUAUAUUUCGAAUUGAGUAGAAGAAUGGGAUACUUCACUAUUCAAACAUACAUUCCUUGUAUACUGACUGUGGUUUUAUCCUGGGUAUCAUUUUGGAUCAAAAAAGAUGCUACACCAGCAAGAACAGCAUUAGGCAUAACCACAGUGCUGACCAUGACCACACUCAGCACCAUAGCCAGGAAGUCCUUGCCUCGUGUUUCCUAUGUGACAGCCAUGGACCUCUUCGUGACCGUUUGCUUCUUAUUUGUCUUUGCUGCUUUGAUGGAGUAUGCUACCCUCAACUACUAUUCAAGUUGUAGAAAACCAGCUACCACUAAGAAAAAGACAUCGUUACUCUAUCCAGACUCCUCAAGAUGGAUUCAUGAACGUUUAAGCCUACAAGCCCCCUCCAACUAUUGUCUCCUUGAUGUGAGUCCACCACCACCGGCAAUGGUUACCCUAAACAAUUCCAUGUACUGGCAGGAAUUUGAAGAUACCUGUGUCUAUGAGUGUCUGGAUGGGAAAGACUGUCAGAGCUUCUUCUGCUGCUAUGAAGAAUGCAAAUCAGGAUCUUGGAGAAAAGGGCGUAUUCACAUAGACAUCUUGGAACUAGACUCAUAUUCUCGGGUCUUCUUCCCUACAUCGUUCCUGCUCUUCAACUUGGUCUAUUGGGUGGGAUACCUGUAUCUCUAAAUUUUCCUCCUGGUGGAAAGUGAAGAGUGUUAAGUUUCCUUCUAAACUUUGGCCCUACCCAGACCAAUAGUGAUCAAUUGGAGUAGCAAGGAAAGAUAC